ACCCACACACAACAUAUCCACAUGGAUUUCACAUGAUAAUCAUAAUAUAAUAAUAAUCUCAGUUUCAAGCAAACAAUAAUCAUCCUCAACAUUCAACAAUGGGGUUGGUUUCAUUCCUCUCAACACUCCCAACCCUGCUUCCAAACACUCCAUCACCCUCCUCCAGAUGCCCAAUUCCUUAUGGUGUGAUUAGUUGUAAAAUUGAGGAUGGUGGUAGCAAUGGGGUUGGAAGGAGGGAAGUUCUUAAAUGCUUUGGGGCUGCCAUUAGCCUGGAAUUGGUGGCAAGCUCGAGCCCGAUCCCAAGCCCUUUUGUGGAGGUAGCCAACGCUGCUGAUCUGAUACAGCGAAGACAACGUUCGGAUUUUCAGUCAAGUAUAAAGACAACCCUCUAUACGGCCCUCAAGGCAAAUCCAGAGCUCGUUUCACCCGUAUUAACAUUAGCACUUAAUGAUGCUGUGACAUACGAUAAGGCUACAAAAACUGGAGGCCCGAAUGGAUCCAUACGGUUCAGUGCGGAGAUCAGCAGACCGGAAAACAGUGGACUCGCUGCUGCUUUAUCUAUGGUUGAGGAAGCAAAAAAAGAGAUCGAUUCUUACUCGAAAGGUGGACCGAUCUCAUAUUCUGAUCUCAUCCAAUUAGCAGCACAAAGUGCUCUUAAAGCUACAUUUUUGGCUUCGGCUAUUCGGAAAUGUGGUGGCAAUGAAGAAAAAGGAAACCUGUUAUACUCGGCGUAUGGAUCAAGUGGACAGUGGGGAUUAUUCGAUAGGCAAUUUGGACGGUCCGAUGCUCAAGAGCCUGAUCCUGAGGGAAGAGUACCCGACUGGUCAAAUGUGAGUGUUCAAGAAAUGAAAGACAAGUAUACAGCCCUCGGAUUCGGUCCUCGCCAGCUGGCAGUAAUGUCUGCAUUCUUGGGUCCAGAUCAACUGGCAACUGAAGCCAAAUUAGCAACGGAUCCAGAUGUUGCUAAAUGGGUCGAAAAAUACCAACGGAGCAGAGAAACGGUCUCCCAAACCGACUAUGAGGUCGAUUUGAUAACGACUCUUACAAAAAUGAGUUGUUUGGGUCAAAACAUCAACUACGAGGCAUACUCGUACGCUGUCCCUAAACUUGACUUCUCAAAACUCAAACUGUGAAAAAUUCGAUACGCCAACUUAUGAUGAUGAAAUGAGCAAAACUAGUCGAGUCAAUAAUAUAAUCGGUCCAGGACGCGAAAUGUGUAAAGACUUGUAUGUUUUUAUAAGUAGUGCAGAGUAAGUUUUUGUAAAAUUGACAUUCAUGUUUGAAAAGUCUAAUAACUUGUCAUCAUCA